CUCGCCUGAAUUUAUUUCACUUGGAGACAGAGAGCGAAACAAGAAGGAAGGAAUAAAAGGCGGAUACCGGUGCCCUCUCUCUCUCUCCCUCCCUCUCAUGCAGUUUUAAAGAAGACGCCCCCUCCCAGCACCUGCUCCGCUUCGUCUUCUCGCCGCCUCGCAGUACUUGAGCGGACGUCGCUUCUCGUUGUUUAGACGCUGGUAUUUUUUUUUUUUUUUUUUGGGGGGGGUGAGCAUGACUUCGGCGUACAACCUGUAUUUUCUCCCUCUCACCGAAAGUCGGUUAAUGACUUCGAGCGACGCAAUCAACGGCAGCGGCAGCAAGAUGAAUGGGUCGCUGGAGCAUUUGGACCAGCCAGACCCUGACUCCAUAAAGAUGUUUGUGGGACAGAUCCCGCGUUCCUGGUCAGAAACAGAACUUAAAGAGCUAUUUGAGCCCUUUGGAGCCGUGCACCAGAUCAACAUCCUCCGUGAUCGCACUCAGAAUCCUCCUCAGAGCAAAGGAUGCUGUUUUGUAACUUUUUAUACAAGAAAAGCUGCACUGGAGGCCCAGAAUGCACUGCACAACAUAAAGACCUUAAGUGGGAUGCAUCAUCCUAUCCAGAUGAAACCCGCUGACAGUGAGAAAACAAGUGCGGUAGAAGACAGAAAACUCUUUGUCGGAAUGGUUUCGAAGAAAUAUGGCGAGAACGAGGUCAGAAUGAUGUUCUCGUCUUUCGGACAGAUCGAAGAGUGCCGAAUUCUUCGGGGACCAGACGGUCAGAGUAGAGGCUGUGCGUUUGUCACAUUUGCUACCAGGGCAAUGGCACAGAAUGCAAUCAAAACCAUGCAUCACUCUCAAACUAUGGAGGGCUGUUCCUCACCUUUGGUGGUGAAGUUUGCUGACACGCAGAGAGAUAAAGAGCAGCGGCGCCUGCAGCAGCAGUUAGUGCAGCAAAUCCAGCAGCUGAACAGCGCCUCCACCUGGGGAAACCUGGCUGGGCUGGGGACUCUUACACCGCAGUACCUGGCUUUGCUCCAGCAGGCCACAUCUCUCAGUAACCCAGGCAGUCUCAAUGGUAUUCAGAGGCUAGGAGCGGGUGUGAAUCCCCUUCAGCUGCAGAACUUGGCCACGUUAGCUGCGGCUGCGGCUGCAGCACAGAGUUCUGCUAGCCCAACUUCCACCAGCGCUCUGUCUACAAACAGUGGAGCCCUGGGAGCUCUUGCCAGUCCAGCAGGGUCAACAGCAGGGUCCAGUGCUGGUGCUGCUGUGAACCCCUUGGCAUCUCUGGGGACUCUGCAGGGUCUCACUGGGACUUCUGUGGGCCUCAACAACCUUAACGCUCUCACCAGCAGCGUCAGUGGUAUGGGGGCCAUGAAUGGGGGUCUGGGAGCCUCCAUGGCCAAUGGGUCAGCAGCCAGCUCUAUGGAUGCCCUAACCCAGGCCUACUCAGGGAUGCAGCAGUACACAGCCUCUGCCUUGCCCGCCCUCUACAGCCAGUCUCUCCUGCAGCAGAGUGUGGCAGGCAGUCAAAAGGAAGUAGGGCCAGAGGGCGCCAACCUGUUUAUCUAUCACCUGCCCCAGGAGUGUGGGGACCAGGAUCUUCUGCAGAUGUUCAUUCCUUUCGGAAAUGUGGUCUCUGCCAAAGUCUUCAUUGACAAACAGACCAAUCUGAGCAAGUGCUUUGGGUUCGUCAGCUAUGACAAUCCUGUGUCUGCACAAGCUGCCAUCCAGGCCAUGAAUGGUUUCCAGAUUGGGAUGAAGAGGCUGAAGGUUCAGCUGAAACGCUCCAAGAAUGACAGCAAACCCUACUGAUCCUAGCCCCGGGGCCUUCCCCCUCCCCAGCUCUAAAGCUAGCACUGCUAGGAACAAAUCUCCAUGCCUGUUUGCUCAUCAUUAGCCUAGCAUGUCUUCAUGAUGUUGAAAGCCAAGCCAAACUCCUGGCCACAUCAUCCCACCAUUGUCUGUGAUGUCUCUCUAAGCUCGCCUGACCAAUACCUGGCCACCCACUGACCUUGACCUUAGCUCAACCUGAUUUUUCUGCAUGUAUUUUUUUUUGGGUUUUUUUUUGCUUUU